AUGGAACAGAGGCUGGCGAACACCGUGCGCAUGACCGUUAUCGAGAGGAAGUUCAUAGAGAAUGGGGUGCUUUCAGAGCUGAGGGUCGACGGCCGUCAGCCCUUCGACUAUCGGAAUCUGACCAUUGAUCUUGGGAGGCGCGUAACCUUCUUUUUUCUCAAUUACCUCUGCGAAGAGCGAAUUUUCCGUUUGACAUUUAACUUGUUGCUGUGAUCUCAGAGAGGAUGGCCAAGCGCAGGUGUGCCUCGGUCAAACUCGUGUUAUGGCCAUCGUGACCUCUGAACUGGUUCAGCCAUAUCGAGAUCGGCCCACUGAAGGGACUCUAUCGAUAUUCACAGAGUUCUCACCCAUGGCUGACCCAUCCUUCGAGGCAGGUCGCCCUGGAGAACUCGCCGUUGAAAUGGGACGGAUUAUAGACAGGGGCCUGAGGUAAAUCUUGUCUUGCUCUGAUACCUUCAUGCAGAGAUUCCUUCACUUUAGUGGACUUGAAUUCUGCUGUAUCUAAGUUCAGUCUCGUUCUAUCUAGGUUGACUUUUAGAAUUCGAGUUAUCUAAUAAGCUCGGAUCACGGGAUUCAUCAAGAGUCUCUCCAUAAGUGCAUCCAAUUUCUGUCAUUGACCAUCUGCAGAAGGAAAAUCUAGGAAGCUUUAAUGGGGAACCUUGUAUUCUUAUGGUGAUACCUGAAAAUCAAUUACAGGGAAAGCUGGGCAGUGGACAUGGAAUCUCUCUGUGUUAUUGCGGGGAGAUUUGUGUGGGCCAUUCGCGUUGACCUUCACAUUCUUGACAAUGGGGGGUAAGCUGUGAAACGCCAACACUCUGAAACAGAUGAGCGCGGCUUGAACCACUGUCCAACUUUAGGUAAUCUCAUUCAGGAACCUUAUUGAUGCUGCUAACGCAGCUGUUCUUGCUGCUCUCUUGACUUUUCGAAGGCCCGAAUGCUCCAUAGAGGGAGUAGACGCCCAAGAAGUUAUUAUGCACCCCCCAGAGGUUAGCCUUAACCCGUGUGUUUGAGCAUGAUAACAUAGCCUGAUUAGUAUUUUCAGCUUCUUUCUUUCCUCAUCUUUGAACAAGAAAGCGACCCACUGACCUCGAUUUUGAUUUUUUUUAAUUUUAAAUAAUUUUUCUGUAUUGCCUGGUGAGGGUUUUCAGUUUCCCUUUUUCUCCAUUUUUUAAACAGGAGAGAGAACCACUUCCUCUGACCAUUCACCAUCUUCCUAUCGCAGUCACAUUUGGAAUCUUCAAUGAAGGCAACAAUCUAGUAUGUAGUCGUCCCAUUAUUUUUAUCCAUUUUUGUGCCUACUUUCCUCUGUCGGUCUCUCUCUGAUGCUACAGUGGUCAAUGCAGAUGAUAGAUCCCAAUCACCAUGAGGAAGCUGUCAUGGUGGGAAGAAUCACAGUGAUCAUGAACUCUAACGGUGAAGUCUGUGCCAUCCAAAAGCCUGGUGGUGAAGGCCUUCUGCCAAGCAUGAUCAUGCAGUGUUUAAGGAUUGCUUCAACGAAAGCUGCUGAAGUCAACGCCCAAAUCGAGAGAUCUGUGAGUAGGAACAUCAUGCAAUGAACCCAGAUAUAAUUCUCUUCUAUGCAACGAAUAUGCAGAAGCUGUGCUUCCAUUUACUCCUAAUCUUAAUGUAUGCUUUUUCUUCAGAUUGACUCAUACAAUGAAGCCAGAUUAUUGAGGCAGAUCAAGCUGUACACAUCAUUGUUGUCGUCAUCUGCAGCAGAAGGUGAUGCCCUGAACAUCAUCAGCAUUGAGGAGGAGAUCGAUGCGUUGAUGUGCCGCAUGGAGAGAUUGAAGGCUGGGCUUGAUAGGAGCCCCAGCAGUUUUCAACGCUAUGGAGUUGGAGUCGCCUCUGGUUCCUCCCAGGAGAAGAUUUCAGGUGCUGGACGGGGAAAAGUCAACGCAGCGAUCGGUGGCCCUUCGAACUGGUAA